CAAGAUUUUUCCGCUUUCUGGGGACCUCGGUGCCCACAACGCGACAAAAACCGACGAGGAAACACACAAACACACCCAUCUAGUGUAAUCAGUGUAGCCACACUUCCUGCUUCACUCCGAGCUCAGCCUCCCGCCGCAGCGCAACGUUCCUGAAAUGAGUUACCCCGGAUACCCCUCUGGACCAGGUGGUUACCCCCCUCAGGGUGGAGGUUACCCCCCUCAGCAGGGCAUGUACCCUCCCCAAGCCGGGGGAUACCCGCCACAGCCCGGUGGCUACCCCGCCCAGCCCGGUUACCCUCCAGCAGCAGGGGGUUACCCACCCCAGCCCGGUGGAUAUCCAACCCAGCCGGGGGGAUACCCAGGCUACCCUCAGCAGGGUGGAGGGUAUCCUCAGGCUCAGCCUGGAGGCUUUCCGUCCAUGCCCCCUUCAGGUGGGUGGGGAGCUCAGCCUGGAUACGGAGUGCCAGGAGGGAUGCCUCAGGGUUACCCUGGAGGUCCUGCGCCAGGGCAGCAGCCGAUGCCGGGCUAUCCGGGAGGUGCUCCUGCCCCCAACCCGUCCAUGCCCACUAUGCCUGGAUACGGAGGCGGAGCUCCAGCUGGACCCGGUGUACCGCCAGGACCUGCAGGACCUGCAGUACCCGCUGUUAAUCGCGGUUACCGUGGCGCCAUAAAGGACUACCCCGGCGCUGAUCCUCUGCGAGAUGUGGAAGUUCUUCGCAAAGCCAUGAAGGGCUUCGGAACUGAUGAGAAUGCCAUCAUCGAGCUGUUGGGGAACCGUUCCAGUAGGCAGCGGGUGCCAAUGGUCAGGGCUUACAAGACCACCUAUGGCAAGGAUCUGAUCCAUGACCUGAAGUCGGAGCUGACGGGGAAUUUUGAGCAGUUGGUUCUGGCCAUGAUGAAGAGUCCAGCGGAGUACGAUGCCUACGAGCUUCAUCAAGCUAUAGCGGGUGCCGGCACUGAUGAGGCGUGUCUGAUUGAGAUUCUGUCGUCUCGGAACAACGCCGAGAUCCGAGAGAUCAACCAGCUGUACAAAGCAGAAUACAAGAAAACACUGGAGGACGCCAUCAUGCACGACACUUCAGGCCAUUUCCGCAGGCUGCUGGUUUCUCUGUGCCAGGGUAACCGUGAUGAGAGAGAGGCUGUGGACAUUGCUAUGGCCAAGCAGGAUGCCCAGAAACUUUACGCUGCUGGAGAGAAUAAAGUAGGAACAGACGAGUCUCAGUUUAACGCCAUCCUGUGUGCUCGCAGCAAACCGCACCUCCGACAAGUUUUCCAUGAGUACCAGCAGAUGUGCGGUAAGGACAUCGAGAAGAGCAUCUGCAGGGAGCUGUCUGGAGAUCUGGAGUCCGGCAUGCUGGCUGUGGUGAAGUGUAUUAAGAACACACCCGGCUACUUCGCUGAGAGACUCCACAAGGCCAUGAAGGGUGCGGGCACUAAGGACCGCACACUGAUCCGUAUCAUGGUGACCCGCUCUGAGAUGGACAUGCUGGACAUCAGGCAGGAGUACCUGCGCAACUAUGGAAAAUCUCUCUACACAGAUAUAUCUGGUGACACAUCUGGAGACUACAAGAAGCUGCUGCUGAAGCUGUGUGGAGGAAGUGACUAAGAGAGAAAGACCAUCAGACGCCCGCCAAUCAUCCUCUAACCCACAUAUCCAGGGGCCACAUCAGCUUUAGCAGCACUGGUGCCAAAUUAACCUAGAAAUUACACCAUAGGGGUCAGUUUUAUAUUAGCAUAACAAUGAAUAUAUAUAAAUAUAUACAUAUCUCUAUACAUUUUGCAUAGUUUUAUAUACAGAGUGGUGCAUGACAGCAUGUUAUUUUGCGAGUUUGAAGCAUUUUAUAUUUUAUAUUUCUGGAUUAUAUCAGCUCGUAACCAAAAACGGACCGUGUUACACACAAAAAGCAAUCAGCCUCUCAUUGCCUCGUCAGACUCGUGACAUUCAGAGCAUCAUCUCUAUGACAAUGUGUGUCAUUUUACAUUUGUGUUUUUAGUCGUCAAAUCAAAAUGAAUGUGCCUACUCAACCCUGCUGUUUAUACACUCGGCUGUUUUAUUGGAAACCCCUAGCUUUUACUUCCGCUAACUGUCCACUUUAUUGGAAACGGCUACCUUGCCGACUGCUUUAUUAACCCCCUCUACCAUAUUCAUUACUGCUCCAUUUCUGAUGUCCAGAUAUUAUUUUGUCCACUGCCCAAAAAUAUCCAGCCAGAGCAGCUCUGUGGUCAGAACCUGACCGUUGAUGAAGGAAGGACUGGAGGAUGAACAACAAACUGCACAUCAGCAGAUGUGGAACAAGACGGGGUUUCCGAUAAAGUGGCCAGGGAGUGCAUCAAUGUGAGGAACCAGAGAUUGAAGGAAAUCUUUUCAUCUCAGAUGACUCCACACAUUUGACCCUAAUUAAUAUUAAUGUACUCAUUAAGGGUCUGUAUGGUUGUUUCUUGCUGUCAUGACUACAGAACACACAGGUUUACGGUAGAUACCGAAUGAUGUCUGACCGGUAGGCCUGCAGUUUAAAGGGUUAGUAACUCACUGCUGUUAUAAUUCUGCUCUUGUUUUAAUUCUUCAAUCCUUCCUUUCCUCCUAAACUGAAUGCUGUCUUGUUUUCGUCCAGUAGAGGGCAGUCCAGUCCCCUGUCCUUCGGCUUGUAUGUUCCCCAGCCUCAGCACUGUCUCAGGGCUGUAAUAACCACUGACUGUGCGCCCCCUGCUGGUGUAGUUCUCUGUUCUAGCCUAUGCUCUGUUUAUUAAAGCAGCUGAUUGUGUACUAAUGCCAGGCCUGUGCUCUGUGUUGUUCUGUGUGGCUCUGAUGAAGAAGAAGACUUUAGAGUGGAUGAUAAUAAAGAACCUCGCUGAAGAAUAA